AUGGAUAUAGAUUUUCUUUCAGUAGAACAAUUUCUUUGCGAUUUGGCAGUCCAUAAGGUUGGAUCAUUGAUUAAAUCAAAAGCGGGCACACAACAAAAUUAUGAUUUAAAGACAGGUUCAAGAGCUGUAGAUAUUGUGACGAAGAUCGAUAGACAGGUAGAAGACAUCAUUAAGUCUGAAAUUUCUAGCAAAUAUCCAGAUUGCGGAUUUAUUGGCGAAGAAAGCUAUGUGAAAGGUGACCCAAGGCCAGAUAAUAAAGCAUUCUUUUGUGUUGAUCCAAUUGAUGGAACUACUAACUUUGUUCAUGAUUUCCCGUUUUCAUGUACCUCUUUAGCUUUAUGUGUUGAUAUGAUUCCUGUGGUAGGCGUUAUCUAUAAUCCACAUCUUGACCUGCUGAUAUCGGCUUCUAAAGGUUCUGGUGUGAGAGUUAAUGGAGAAAAAUACGAUUACGGAAAGAAAAUUGAAUCUAUGGGCCCAUUGCUGUUAAACAAGUCUAUAGUUGCAUUGCAACCUGGUUCCGCAAGAGAGGGAGACAAUUUCAAAACAAAGAUGGCUACGUACGAGAACUUACUAUCUUGUGAUGGGGGUUUUGUUCAUGGCUUCAGGAAUCUUGGAUCUUCUGCAAUGUCGCUAGCUUACAUUGCUCUAGGAUAUUUGGAUAGCUACUGGGAUGGUGGCUGUUACAUUUGGGAUGUUGCAGCCGGUGUUUGCAUUGUUAAUGAAACUGGUGGUCGUUUAGUUGGAGCGAAUCCUGAUGAGUGGAACAUUGAUAUCGAUAAUAGAGCCUAUCUCGUUGUUAGAGGUACGGAACCUUCUGCUGAGGAUGAGCAAGAAACUUAUAUAAAGGAAUUCUGGAAAAGUGUCAAAGGCCAUUUGAAGUACGACUGA